AUAUUAGUUAGUCCACAACACCGACCGUAUACAGUGAUGACAAGCGUCGAAACCGUCUAUCAGAGAAACUGAAUCGAAAAGCGUUUCAGAAACUCUCGAUUUCCUUCCCCUACAAGCCAAAGUCCGAUCACACAUAUAAAAUAUAGAUGAUCAGCAUCCUGAAAAAGCUAGGGUUUUAUUGGAGCUUUGGCCGAUUGUAUGAUACUUCGAGUAUCAAUCGAGAGAUGUCUUCUUCCGAAAUUAGGGCGCAGAAGAAGCAACCGCCGUCUCCGAUCUCUUCCCUCCCGGAAGAAAUCUUCGUCGACAUCGUAGCGCGCGUCUCUCGAUCCUAUUACCCGACUCUCUCCCAAGUCUCCAGGCGUUUCCGAUCGCUCGUCGCUUCCCCGGAGCUUUACGCGAGACGAUCCGUCUUGGGGCGCACGGAGCAAUGCAUCUACGUCGCCAUCUCCAAGGAUCAGACCUCUGACAUCCACUGGUUCACUCUCUGCAUCAAACCUAACGGAGAAGGAGCCUCCGGCGGCGGAGCGAGUGAUCAUCGACUGGUGCAUAUCCCCUCGCUCCCUCCGAUGCCUCUGCAAGGAAGCUACGUCGCCGUUGGCUCUAACAUCUUCGUGAUGGGCGGAUUUCAAGAUUGGAGCAUCACCUCGAGUGUCUCGCUCAUCGACUGUCGAUCUCACACGGCUCAGCCUCUCGCCGACAUGCCCAAGGCGGUCGCUGGCUCCGUCGCGCAGGUCAUCGACGGCAAGAUUUAUGUGAUCGGAGGAGCAAAUGGUCACUCGCCGAUGAAGUCUAGGUCGAGAACGAUGAUGGUGUUUGAUACAGAGACGGAGGUUUGGAAGCUGAAGUCGAGGCCAGAUUGGGAGCAAGGCAAAGUGUGGUUUAGUAGUGUGGCGAUGGGAGGUAAGAUUUACAUGAGGACUUGCUACAAUAGCUUCGUUUACGAUCCCGUUACCAGUACAGAUUAUUUCGUGGGAGAUGAGGUUCUGCACUCCAAGGAGUGGUUGGGUUCCUGUGUCAUAGACGAUGUCUUGUAUUACUAUGACGUUCGUGGCAAGUGUUUGAGAGCUUAUGAUCCUAAGCUCAGAUCUUGGGGAGUUGUUAAAGGUUUGGAAGGUCUAUUGCCUCGGGGCUGUUCAUGGUCGAAAGCCGCUAGUUAUGGAGGUGGGAAAAUGGUUCUCUUCAUGCAGACGGAAGAGAUCUGGUGUGCUGAGAUUGCCGUAGAGAGACGCCAAGGAGGAGAGAUUUGGGGUACAGUUGAGUGGUGUGAGGUUGUGCUGGGUGGCAACUUUCGCAUUAUGGAUUGUGUACCUGUAGCUGUUCUGCUCUGAUGUUCUUCUUUCUUGUGUAUACAAAAAGGAUACUAGUAUAGUAGUCUCUUGGUGCUUGUAUGAAUGUGUGCUUUAAAACCUCCCUUGGGAUGUGUUUCUCAGACGUGUCAAUGUUUGUGUCUGGUGGGCCUAUUUUACAUUUGUGAAUUCACUGAAUCUAAUCCUCAUCAUCAUGAUGUGUUCUUG